GUCGGGAUGGCGACGCCCAAGUGAUUGGAGAGCCACCGGCAAAGCGUUUGAAUGCGGGCCGGUCAGAGCCAUUGGGGAACAUCCCCCGGACGAGGCAUGCUUUCAAGGUCCUCGUCACUGAUGGCUUGGCGGCUGGCCUGUUAGGUUCACACGGUUCAACCAAAGACGAGAUCCAAAAGGAGACUGGUGCCAGACUCGUCUUUAGCAACAGAAACGACUACUUUCCAGACACGCGGUACAGAGUCCUGGGGAUCUACGCAGAUGAUCCAGGAGCCAUAAUUCGCGUGUUCAACUGCGUUAUGUCGCAGCUGGUGUAUCACGGGGACGAGGAAAGGAAGACCCAGCCUGUCGGCCAGACAGAGUUGUGUGGCAAAGAGCCGGGAGAGUACAUCCUCCGGUUUCUCCUUACAAGACGAAUGCAAAGUCAAAUCGUUGGUACACAAGGAAACAACAUCAGGUUCAUCCGCCAAGACUCGGGUGCGAAGGUGUUCGUUGAAAACGAAAGUGUGCUGGGACAUCGUGCAGGCAAAGUCAUUGGCACGCCCCAAACGAUCUUAGUAGCACUUCGCCACAUCAACGAAUAUGUGCAGUGCGAGAGUGAGUACGAGGAGGAGUUUUACCAGGGCUUUUCUCGGAUUCUCAACUUUGGCGAGGCACAGGCACGUGGCUGGGAGCCUCCUCCUGAGCCGAAGGACCUCGAGAAGCCAUCGGGCCAGCGACGGCCUGGAAGUUCUGCGGGGCUUCCCGCACCAGCAGGCAAGGGCGCCCGAGUCUCCGCUUUGAAGGCAAUGCCCAAGGCAGCACAGAACUCGGUGUUCAACAUUGUGCCACCUCCACCUGCUGUCUUUCCCAAAGGACACACAGUGGAGACGUCGCAGAACGGACACAUCGACGCUCAGCAGGAAGUGGACUCCCUGGCCAAUGAGCUGGAGAGCUUCCCUCCUGGAACGGUCAAGAUGCCGUACUCCCUUUCCUGUGAGGUUCCGGCCUCGCGUGUCGGAGCACUCGUCGGCACGGGAGGUGAGGUGAUACGGCAAGUCGAGCAGGCCUCCGGCGCUCAGAUUGAGAUUGAGAAGUCGAGCGCAUGGUUUGGGGAUAGCAGGAUGAUGACCCUUGUGGGCACAUUGGUCAGUGUCUAUGUGGCCCAUGCCAUGAUGAUGUCCAGGUUGCAGAGUCUGGAGACGCAAGAGGAAGCGGCGGAACAGGUGGAGGAAGAGGAGCUGCAGGCAGAGGAACAAGAGCCUGAGCAGGAGGUAGACGGCGAGCACGAAAACCAGGAGGAGCAGAGCCAUCCUGAAGUCGAGGAGGAAGUCUACCAAGAGCCGGAGCACGAGGAGGCACCUCCGCCUGAGGAAAGCGACGAGGAUCCUGACGUGAUCCGGGAGCAGAUUGCGAAACUCGAGGAGAAGCUGGCCCGAGCACUUGCUCGACGUGCGGCUGCUGAAUAA